CAAAAAAAUCUUUAAAAUUACCUGAUUUUUAAUUCGGGUUCACUGUUCGUAACAAGCCAACGUGAUCCAGCUUAAGGUUGAAGAUAAUUGGAACACAAACUUAUCCUUUGUUUUGUUUGCUGGAUAUUAAUGAAUGCACAUAAGUUAUUAAGAGCACGACACAAACUAUAAACACUUAGAGUUCUUAGGCACGGCAGCAAGGUUGUGGUCUCCAUAUGUACCUGUUUGUGGGUUCAAAUCCUGGAGCAUCUCUUUACUAUGCAAUGAUCAAUCUAAGACUCUAAAUCAAUAGGAGCAAGAUAAUUUUAUUAAAUAAAAAUUAUUGUCGUGGAAAUUGGAAAGAAAUGAAAUGAAAAUUUUAAUUGAAUAUUCUAUAAAAUACCCAGAAAGUUGAAGAAGUAUGAAAGCAAUGAAUUUGUACUACUCUUUAGGAGAGGUAGGUUGGCAUUGUUUUUUUGGUAGUGGGUGAAGAGAAUAGAAAGCAAUUAAUUAGAAAGAGAGAAAGAGAGAGAGAAAGAGAAGUAUGUGUUUCUUCACUUGCCCACAAGCCGCAACUGCUACUGUGCACCCAAUCUGAACCCAACGAGAUGGGGGGGCAGAAUCUUUCACCAAAAGAAAGAAGUAGAGAGUGUAGGCACUGUAAGGAAGCUCAUUCCCUCCAUAGAAGGUUUCAGAUUUACAAGUAUUCCUAUCAGGAUGUCUUCCGCCAUGCCGAGCUGCACAAGUAUUUUGAUUGCUCAAAAAUUCACACUUACAUAUCUAAUAAUGAAAGGAUUCUGCAUCUCAAACCCCGGCCUUCAAUCGUCAAACCUAAAUCUGCUGAUCUUAGCCCCCAGUCUAAAUCUAAAGAAACCACCAUAUCAACAAGACAAAAGUCCGGUGGCACGUCUGAAGAAUGUGGAAAGCACUUACAAGAUGAGCGUAAUCGCUUCUGCUCCAUUACAUGCAAGAUCUCAGUGCUUCCAGCGGAGACCCAAAACCAAGGUCAAAAUCAAUGUUCACAAAACUGGCAUGUAAGGAGUCUGGGUGCGGAGCGCACAGAGGAAACGGCCGCGCGGAGGGGUCGCGUGCAGGCUGGGGGUCUUGGUGCGCUGGGCGGAGGGGUUUGAUCGGGCGGUUCGCGCGGGCCGGCAGGUCUGGUUGUGUGGAGCUGCGCGUAGAGGAGACGGUCAUGCGGGCCGAGCGUUCUGGUCAUGCGGAGGCCGGCGAAGACAUCCCUCCCCGGACGGAGGAAGAAGAGGUGAAGAAUGUUUUUCCCGUUUUUUUUUUAUUUUCCAAGUUUGUGUCCAUAUUCCACGUGGACUAGAUUCAACCAAUCAAACUUCUCUUCUUCAAAUUUUUCAGUGCUAAGCACCGUAUCUUGUACAAGCAAUUGAGAAAAAAAUUUAAGCACCUGACUUGCCAUGUAGGACCACUCCAAUGGGAGUUUUCUAUAAGCUCCGUUGCUUAUUCUUAAGCAACACAGGAAGCACCUCCCGUUGGAGGUGCUCUUAUUGAAACCACUUCCUAUAAUCAACUCUUGCUUUAUCCACUGCAAAAUAUUCUUUUGUUUUGUCAUUGGUCAACAGAUUGGCUUACGACCUAAAUCAUCCUAAGAGCUAGGGUUCACAUCAAUAUUAGGCUUUUUGACCAAAGUGGGUCGUUGACCAAGUUAUUUACGUAAAUGGGUUCUUUUGAAAGUAUUUACGUCUUUGGGGUUGUUUACAACGGUGUUACUAUGGCCCAUAGCGACACCCAUGCCACGUGGCAAAUUUUUUUUUUGGUCUAGAAUGAGCUGGAAUGAGCCACAUGAGUGUCGCUGUGGGCUGGACCACCAUAGCUGAUGCACUAAGAAAAAUGAUGCAGCCCAUAGCGACACCCUCUAACAAAAAAAAAGAAAAAAAUGAAAAAUAAUAGAAAUGUAAGAUAAAAUUAAU